AUGAACCCCGCACUGAAGGAAGCUCAAGGCUUGCGAAUUGCCGUAGAAGGCUGUGGCCACGGUACAUUAGAUGCCAUAUACUCGUCCGUAGCUACCGCCUGUGAGGCUCGAGGUUGGGAUGGGGUUGAUCUUUUAAUCAUCGGCGGCGAUUUCCAGUCAGUCCGAAAUGCUGCAGAUCUCACAGUGAUGUCAUGCCCAGUCAAGUAUCGUGAAAUUGGUGACUUUCAUGCAUACUACAGCGGCGCCACAAAAGCUCCAUACCUCACCAUCUUCGUUGGAGGAAACCACGAGGCAAGCAGCCACCUGUGGGAGCUGUUCUAUGGAGGAUGGGUUGCACCAAAUAUCUACUAUAUGGGAGCUGCAAACGUUGUCCGCGUGGGAGGCGUACGAAUUGCUGGUAUGUCGGGUAUUUGGAAAGGGUACAAUUUCAACAAAACUCAUCACGAACGACUACCAUACAGCCAAGACGAUGUGAAGUCCAUCUAUCACGUCAGAGAAAUCGACACCCGGAAACUGCUUCAGUUAAGGACACAAGUUGAUAUUGGGAUCAGUCACGAUUGGCCAAGAGCGAUUGAGAAAUCCGGAAAUGCGAAGGCACUGUGGAGAUUAAAACCAGAUUUCGAACAGGAAUCGAAGGACGGAACAUUGGGCAAUCAAGCUGCUACAUAUGUCAUGGAUCGCCUCAGGCCACCCUUUUGGUUUUCCGCUCAUAUGCAUUGCAAAUUUGCCGCCACAAAAGUUUAUGAAGAUGCCCCAAAGCUGGUUGAGACUGCAGCUCCACCUCCAGCUGUACCGAGUGUACAGCAAGCCGCACGGAUCGCUACUCAUAAUUCAGAUGAGAUUGACCUGGAUAUGGAUGAUGAGGACAGCCCGGCUCAGCCGACAGUCACGAAUGGAACCGCCCAUACGAACCAGGACGAAAUAUCCUUAGAUGACGAUGAGCCAGAAAUCCAUACCAACGGCACAUCAAUUAUCAAAAACCAAGACGAAAUUUCAUUGGAUGUAGACUCGACCGGUGUAAACGCCACAUCCUCUGUUCCAUCAGAUCUCAGAGCUCAGCUUCCCGCUGCAUUUGCAAGGCCAGCUGCUCCGUCAACCCGCACCCAACCAGGACAACCAACGCCUCCAGAAAUCACGAACAAGAUAGUUCGAUUCUUAGCACUGGAUAAAUGCCUACCUGGCCGCAAGUUCCUUCAAGUUCUGGAAGUUCCACAUACCAGUGGAUCGGCAGCACCAUCGAAAGUUAAGUUUGAGUACGAUCCAGAAUGGUUAGCAAUAACUAGAGUCUUUGCAUCUCAUAUCAUUCUUGGAGAUAAACACGCAAGAACUCCAGAUGACCUCGGCGAAGCCCACUAUCGGCCUCUGAUUGAAAAGGAGCAAGCGUGGGUCGAGGAUAAUAUUGUCAAGAAGGGAAAGCUCGAAAUUCCAGAGAACUUUGUACCAACAGCACCCAUAUUCGAGGUUGGAAUGCCUGAAAUUGUGGAAGAUGGCCCGCUCGAGUAUAACAAUCCUCAGAUGCAAGAGUUUUGUGACUUAUUGGGCAUCGAGAACAAGUUCUUCUCUACCGAGGAAGAGAAAGAAGAGAGAGCGAAGAACGGACCACCUCCUCCAGAACAGAGACGAGAUGGUGGAUUUGGCGGGAGAGGAGGUGGAAGAGGUAGAGGAGGAUAUCGAGGGCGUGGAGGUGGGGGAAGAGACCGGGGACGUGGGAGAGGUGGAGGACGAGGACGAGGGAGGGGUUGGUAG